UCUUGUUUUCCCUUGUAAACCUUGCCUCUUUGGCCUCUUCUGAAUCUUUGCUCAGGUUGUCUUGCAUGGCUUCUCACUCUGCCCUCUGGAAUCCCAGCUCCAGAGUCCCUGCUUCAGGAAGUCUUCUCUCAUUAAUAAAAAACAGACAAUAACCCAAACUUGAUUUCCAGUCCGGCCGUCUCCCUCGGGACACUCUUGAACGAUGAAAAAGAGUUGGAUUUUAAGGAUCCUCAAAAGACCAUCUGCAACUCCUGGGCGGGUCUUCGGCACCCCUGUCUGCCCCGGGCCUCGGUGUCCCCCAUCCGGGAAAUAGAGGUGACCGGCCCCGACCCGUUAGAUGCCCGUCGGCUCUCUGGGCCUGCCGGGACCAUGAGGUACGUCAGCACCCGGGGUCUGACCCCCAGCGUCGACUUUGAGGGGGCCUUGUUCUCCGGCUACGCCCCCGACGGAGGCCUGUUCGUGCCCGCGGAGAUCCCCCGGCUGGACGAGGACACGCUGAGGAGAUGGAGCGUCCUCCCGUACCCCGGGCUGGUGAAGGAGCUGUGCUCGCUAUUCAUAACUCCAGAGCUCAUUCCCAGGGAAGACUUGAACCGCCUGAUUGACCGAGCCUUCAGCAGGUUCCGGCACCGGGACGUCGUCCAUCUGUCCAGGAUGAAGGAUGGGCUGAAUGUGUUGGAACUGUGGCACGGAGUCACCUACGCCUUUAAGGACCUGGCCUUGUCUUGCACUGGCCAGUUCCUGCAGUACUUCUUGGAGAAGCGGCAGAAACACGUCACCAUUGUCGUGGGGACUUCUGGGGACACAGGGAGUUCAGCCAUCGAGAGCGUGCGAGGGGAAAAGAACAUGGACAUCCUAGUUUUGCUUCCCAAGGGGUACUGCUCUCAGAUACAGGAACUGCAGAUGACCACUGUGCUGGAGGACAAUGUCCAUGUGUUUGUGGUGGAGGGAAACAGCGACGAGCUGGACGAGCCCAUCAGGGAGGUAUUUGCGGACGGAGACUUUGCCAGGACGCAUCAUCUGAUGAGCCUGAAUUCAAUCAACUGGUCGAGGAUCCUGGUGCAGAUGGCGCACUACUUCUACGCCUACUUCCGCUGCCUGCCAUCCCCGGGCACCGCGGGUACCACCCGCCCCCGGCCUCCAGUGGAGAUCGUCGUGCCAACGGGAGCCGCCGGCAACCUUGCAGCCGGGUGCCUUGCCCAGAGGAUGGGCCUGCCCCUCCGCCUGGUCGCGGUGGCGAACGACAACGACAUCAUCCACAGGACCAUCGAGAGAGGAGAUUUCUCGCUCUCGGACAGCGUUAAGCCGACGCUGGCGUCCGCCAUGGACAUUCAGGUGCCCUACAACAUGGAGAGGAUUUUCUGGUUGUUGUCGGACUCUGACAGCACUUUGAUCAACGCCUUGAUGGAGAAGUUUGACAAGACCAAGAGGGUGAAAUUGCCAGAAAUCUUGCAUCGGGAGAUUUCAGAAAUGAUAAGCUCACGGUCGGUUUCGGAUGAGGAGAUCGUACACACCAUGCAACGCUGCUGGGAGGAGAACCGCUACCUGCUGUGUCCUCACUCUGCGGUGGCCGUUUUCUACCACUACAAGCAAUCUGAGGCACGGCAGCCCAGGUGUUGCUUGGCCCCCGCCUCUGCAGUCAAGUUCCAGGAUGCCGUCCUCAGGGCCGAGCUCCUUCCCGAGAUCCCACCGGAGAUCAAAGCCUUGGAGACCAUGGAGACCCGGGCUACGAUUCUGCAGAGAGGGGAUAACUGGACCCAAAUAUUGCGCGACGCGAUAGAGGCGCUGGCCCGGCGCAGAGAACGGACAUCCCGUCCUGUGGCCGAAGGGAGUCAUCGGGAAUAACAGUCCAGAAAUGCGAUUCGGUUUUCCCCCGUGUUCUUUCCUUGCCCCGGGAUCCCGGUAGAGUAUUCCCAUUUGAGGUUGGGCGGUCCCCUGUCUGGGAAGUCUAGCCCACGAGAAGCAGCGUGGCCUAGUGGUUAGAGCACAGGCCUGGGAAUCGGAAGGACCUGGGUUCUAACCCCGU